AUGGAGCAGCUGACAAUUAUUCUGUUGGGAAAGCAAGGAGCAGGGAAGAGUGCAUCAGGAAACACUCUUCUGGGUUGCCCUGCAUUUCACACAGCGCCCAGCUCAGAGCGAGUCACUCGAGCUUGUUCAAUGAGCAUCUCCACUGUGGACAAGCAAAAAAUCUAUGUGAUUGACACUCCAGGAUGGUGUGAUUCUUCUCAGUUUGAGACUGAAAUGAAACAGAAUAUCAUUGAAUUUGUUAACAUGACCAGGCCACAUGUGUUUCUCUUACUGCUGCCUAUUGGCAGGUUUACCAAUGAAGAGGUAACAACAGCCAUGAAUAUCCUGAAGGAGUUUGGGGACGAAGUCAUCAAAUACAUGAUUGUGCUGUUCACCAAAGGGGAUGAGCUGGAGGAGAGACCUAUUGAAGACUACCUGAAAGAACUUCACUCAGAUUUGAAAAAAUUAAUUCAGGUAUGUGGAGGAAGAUACCACGUCUUUAACAACAGAAACAAAAAGGAUCACCAGCAAGUGUCUUCACUCCUAAAAAAGAUGAAUGAGAUUGUGGAGAAGAAUGAAGAAAAACGUUACACCGAAGCUAUGUUUAACAAGAACAAGAAACAGUGUAGGAAUGAAGCAGAGAAUUCAGAGGCAGAAAAUAGAAAAAAUCCUGCUGAAGAUGAAAAGGAGAUGAUUGAUGAUGAGCAUUUGUGA